GUUGUUAUUCUUGUGUAACAAGGUAAAAUAGUAGGUGAAAAUGCUGCUAGGAUUUGGAGAACUAUAUCAGCAGGGCUGCGUCUUUUUUUUUUUUUUUUUUUUUUUGCUGGUUAGAAGAACUUGGCGAGCACUGUAUUCGUCCAUCAUCGUCCGGUCAAUUACGAUAGAGCGAGAGAAAAUUAAGAAAAGACUGACUGAGGAUUGGAAUCGCGACACUGCUGAUUUUGCUGAAUGGUAUCUCUUAACUUCUUUCAGUUUUGCUCGCUGGCCGCCUUGUUGAGAGUAAAUAUCCUCGCCACUGAUACAAUUUCAAGGCAUGAUAGCAAAAUGGUAAACCCUUUCCAUAGCAGACGCAACUCCUGGUCGCGAGGAAAUCGUAGAAAGCAGAACAGAAAGAAAGAAUGUCAACGCUAUAUAGUAGUCGUACAAAGCUGGUAUAUCCACAUGUGCCACACAAAUUCAUGCUAUCAAAUGCCCAAAAUAGCAAUGACCCGCUUUCUCAUCCAAAGGUCAAACCAAGUUCGCAAAUUUGUUCGCAGCAGCUGAUCCUCUUAGUCACGAAGCAAUCUAUAUCAUUAGUCAUAGCAUCGGAGCGGGAUGUAUAU